AUGUCUGCAUACUAUCCUCCUCCUCCCGGAGGUAAUGGAGCUCCUCAACAACAACAAUACGCACCGCCUCCAACAUCUUCACCUCAGCAGCAACAAUACGCACCUCCACCAACAUCUUCACCCCAGCAACAACAAUACGCACCUCCACCAUCAUCUCCACCUCAACAACAACAACAACAAUAUGCACCACCUCCAACAUCUUCACCUCAACAACAACAUUCAUACGCACCACCUCCAACAUCUCCGCCCCCAAACCAAACCUCGUUCAAAUAUGCCGCUCCACCCACCUCGCCCCCAGCUCAACCCUCACAUGCCUUCUACCCACCACCUCCAUCUACCUCCACAACAAGCUAUACCCCUCCUCCAAACCCCCAACCUACUCCUCCCCAACAACAACCACAACAACAAUACGCGUCCCCUCCAAAUUUCUCCCAUCGCCCUUCUUAUUCCGGUGGUCAACAUACUCUUCCAGUCCAUACACCCCCACCUCAACAAUCACAAAGCUAUGCAUCUUCCUCCGCCGUCUCUCCUCAAGAAACAAAUCUUCCAAAUUAUGCACAGCCAGGUUUCUAUCCCAAUCAGAAUACAAGCGACUACCCACCUGAAAAACCAGCCCUAAAUACAAGUCUUACGAUUAAUUUGGAUCACGGGGCACCCAGCGCAGCGCAUUUUGUAGGGGCAAGUACCACUCAAGAUGAUGUAGGCACGUUUAAUGGUGGGAGUUAUCGCAUUAGUCACAGGGAUACAAAUAGUAUUGUGACGAUUCAGUUGGCGAUGGGGUGUCCGUUGACUGUUAAACCUGGCGCAAUGAUUGCCAUGACUCCAACCAUAACCCUCAAAGGUGCAAUCAAGUUCUCCGUGAAGAAACUUGUCAUCGGUGGUGAAAUGACCCAUUCUACUUUCACUGGCCCAGGCGAACUUCUCCUAGCUCCUUCAUCAUUAGGAGAUAUCACGAAUAUUCGAUUAAGCGGUGAUGAACAAUGGAGUGUGGGAAGAGAUGCGUAUUUAGCUUCUACACAAGGUGUUAUCAAGGAGUAUAAAAGACAAGGUAUUGGUAAGGCGAUGUUUAGUGGAGAGGGUCUAUUCGUUUAUAAGAUUAGUGGGGUCGGUUUGUUAUGGAUUAGUAGUUUUGGCGCCAUUAUUAGGAAGGAUCUACAAGAAGGCGAACGCUACGUAGUCGAUAAUGGACAUCUGGUCGCCUGGAAUACAAAAUACAUACUCGAGCGUGUAGCAUCAGGAGGUAUCAUCAGUGGAUUGAGUAGUGGAGAAGGUCUAAGUUCUCUCACAAUCACAACACCAACACUUAGGAGUAUCGAUGCUACGCUUCAUGAUUUCGUCGAUUGGUUGGCAAGCACCCAAAGCCAAGGAUCCUUGUCCAUCUGGGGGAGCAGGAAUAUCGACCACCAAUAUGGCAAAAGAUUGAAGCACAGCACCGGUACAGAUCCGCCAGAGAUUAUGCAUGUGACGAUUGUGGAUCCUUGUAUAACAGUUGAAUUGAGAAGAGCCUUAUCUUUCUUGAGCAGUUAUCCUAGAUAA